GAGGAGUUUGUGAACGUGCAAGCUCUGAAGAAAGCUUUGCAGGCCGUGUGUGGGGAGCUGCGAUUUCGACAGCGGCUGAUAAGCGGCGGGCAGGAACUGGAAGACUUUGCGGGCUUGGCAGAUGUCAAAGAUCUACAUCUGGUGCUGGUGCCAUUCACUGCAUCGUCGCAGGAGGAGGCCAGUAAAAGCAUCAUCCAAGCAAUCGUGGCGGGACUCCUGGAGCCAGUUGAAACUUUUCUGCGAGAGCCUCGCAAUCCUGACAUAGCAGAUAACAUUGGCCGGACGCCUUUGGGUCAAGCAUGCGAAAGCGGACACCUGGACAUCGUACGGCUACUCCUCGAG